AUGCGCGGCGCUCUGGCGGCGGGCUCCCUCGGCCGCCUCCUGGCGCGCCCAGGCGACGGCCCGCUGACCAGCGUGGCCGCCUGCCUGGGCGGCGCCGCCGCCGCCGAGAUGCUUCCGGCCGCCGCGGCCUGCCGCCGGCUCGCCGCCGCCUGCGCGCUGGAGCUCCAGAGGCGCGCGGCCGCCUCAGGGGCGCUGUCGCUGAGGGAGGCGAGGGCCCAGCUGGCCCAGCUCGAGGACGCCGCCGCGGGUGGCGAGGCGCCUGCGCCUGGCACCGCCGCCGCGGCUGGCGAGGACCUGCAGGAGGAGCACCUCGGGCGCCUCCUCGGCGAGGGUGCGGCCACGGCCCCGCGGGAGCGGCUGCAGGAGCAGCUCGAGGAGGUCGGCGGGCAGCUGCGGAGGGGCGCCUUGAGGCUCCGGCUCGCCCGGCAGUGGGGCGACUACCUGGACGCG